GUUUCGAAGAUUGUUUAGAAUAUGUAGUUCGUGUUUGAGAAAUUUUUUUCUGCCCCGGGAAGUUAGUGAGAAUUAUUUGGAGUAUGUCAAAUGGAAGUUCUUGCACAGGUUCUUCAGCUAUGCUCUUCAGGUUCUUGCCACCCAAGCAAUGUUUCAAGCAAUUGGAAAUGGAUACUCUCGUUCACUUCCAUCAGCCGCUGCCCUGAAUUGGGUCUUGAAAGAUGGGCUUGGCAGGCUUAGUAGGUGCAGCUACACUGCUAGCCUAGCAUCUUCUUUUGAUACCAAUUUGAACAGAGUUAGGUUUUCAACAUCUGUGCUAUUCAGUCUGAGCAUUGGGGUUGAGUUGCUGACUCCUGCUUUUCCCCAGUACCUCUUGCUUGUCGCAUCUAUAGCAAACAUCGCUAAACAAAUAAGUCUAGCAUGCUGCCUGGCAACUGGUACUGCUGUUCAUCGAAGUUUUGCAGUAGCAGAUAAUCUUGGUGAAGUUUCUGCAAAGGCACAGAUUCAAACGGUGUGCUUCGAUAGCCUUGGUCUUAUGCUUGCUGCAGCCUUGAACAUUUUGUUCAGAAACAAUCUAAGGUUGCAAGCAAGUUUGCCUUUUGUCGUGUACCCAAUCUUCUCAGCAAUCGACCUCAUUGGAAUUUAUCAAGGUUUGAAGCAUAUACAUCUGCAGACAUUAACUAAGGAUAGGCUUGAGAUUAUAAUUAAUACCUGGAUUCAGUUGGGAGUAUGUAUCCCUUCACCUGCAGAUGUGAGUGAAGAGGAAGGUAUUGAUUUCAUGUGGAACAAAGGAUCGUGGCCCAUAAGAAUUGGUUGCUUAAACCCCAAAAGUCAAUUACCAAGGUUGUCGAUGAUGACUAUGCAAUCUUUGAAUAAUGAAGACUUCUAUUUCAUAUGUCUGGAGAUCCUCUGCAGUGGAAUGGCAAAAACCUGGCAACAAGGCAUUCUCCUUUGUGUGCGGGAAGGGGCUGGCACAUAUUAUCAUGGUUUUGUUGCAGGCGUGCCAUAUCCGCAAGGCUAUUUUAUCAAGUGUCUGCAAGUGGGAGAGCAUUUUAGAAGCUCCUGACAAUUCAGAUUCAGUUUCGAGGCAUUGGUUUCAGUUGAUUGAAGACAGCAAGUGAAUUGCACAGCGAGAUUUUAACUUGGUGAAUGAACAGAUGUUAGGGUUAAGCUGGGCUUGUAAAAACAUUUUAUUGAGCACGCAAGUGCAAGCUCGAUAUAGUUUUGUAGAUGACUGAAAUUUCAAGCACACUGGAGGAAAGUUAAUACAGUUGCUUUUAGAA